UUCCAGCCCACUACAACUUUUUCUUUAUUAUUUCGCGGCCAUUUAGGGAGACUGAGUGUGAUGUGGUGUUCUGAUAGAGAUUUGAAUGAAAACAAUCUGGGUUUCUUUAGAAAGUAUUUUAUUCUUUUAGUCUCAUAAAGACCUCAGCAGUGAUCUUUGCUUGACUUAAGCCGUUUUCUGAAAGGGGAUCGGACACACGGCACGUCAUCCUCGGUUCAGUGCCACUCCCAAAGGAUUAAGUUGUUGGAAUAUGAAGCAAACCCACUAAGCACUGGAGCGGGAGUCCUCUGAGUGUGUGGCGGAGUGGGUCGCCCCGUGUCCGGCCUUGCGUGUGCUGGAGGUCCCGCUAAUAUGGGAUGUGGACUACGGAAAUUGGAGGACCCGGAGGACAGCAGCCCGGGGAAAAUCUACUCCACUUUAAAAAGACCACAAGUCGAGACCAAAACAGACUCCGUGUACGAGUAUGUGCUGCUGGACUUCAGUUUGGAAGGCAGUCGGCCUACAGUGCAGUAUCUGUCCUCGCUGUGCGAGCUGCCCCAUGCCCUGCAGUCCUACUACACCCAGGGCUACGUACUGGCCGCCCUGCAUCCCAUUAUCCUCUCAGUGGGCCGAACCCGCUUCCUGCCCUGCAGCCUGCUCUACCGGGCCAUUCUUGUUCGACCACGAUCCAGUAAUCAUUCCGUGCCAAUGAUUGACAGCUUGCCAGUGUUGCGAGUGGAGGAGUGGCCACUGCCCGGAGAAUCUCUGACCAGUGACACCGUGAGGCUGCUCAUAGACCGGGUGAACAGCUAUGCCAGGGGUGGCGUGAGGUUCGUGGGGUCAGUGCUCCAGCAGGCUGGAGGAGGGGGGUGUAACGGUAGAGUGCCCAGUCCCAGGAGGGGCUGCCGUUCCCCGCCUCGCACCCCUCCUCGCACACCACCUGGAGAUGGAGAUCUAGAGGGCCGUGGCUACAGCCCAGACCUGAGAUUGCUGGUGCUAUUUCACUCCUGGGCUCCAGGCUGUGCCCCGCUGGACUCCCUGGCCUGCUGUUACCACCAAGGGGCACUGUCCAUGCGCGUGUCCAGGAAGGGCCAAGUUGUCAGCGCCCUAGAAGCUGAUUGGCUGGAACUGACCGCAGCUUAUUACCGCAAGGGCUGGUCAUUGGUCGACUCCUUUGUAUACUGGGACACACCAAAAGGUGAGCCAGUGCCCAGGUCUUUAGAGGGCCUGUUUGUCUAUGAGGAGAAAAAUACAGCACCACCUGCCAAUGACACUAUUGUAGUGGAACAGUGGACUGUUAUAGAGGGUUCAGAUGUAAAGACAGACUACGGUCCUCUGCUCCACACGUUAGCAGAAUUCGGCUGGCUGCUCACUUGUGUGCUUCCAACCCCAAUUAUUCGCCAUGACAGCGACGGGAAUCUUGCCACUAAGCAAGUCGUUUUCCUGCAAAGACCCGUCAAAGGCCAAACGGUACCACAGCACAACCAGGGAUCCACGCGACGAGAUGUGUGCAGUCACUCUGUGAGUCGAGGCGUGGACGAACCGCACACAGCGCUCUCGUCUCCAUGUUCAGGGGGAAUCGGCGGUUUCCCCGUGUUUGGAGGGGGGUAUCCCAGUGCGCUGUCCCAUCUAGAUGAGGGAGGAUUUGAGCCAGACGACGGGGCUGCAGAAGUCACCUGUAUGUGAUGGAUCAACUCAAAGUCGCAAUUCUUUAAGUUCUGUCAGAAAUCUUCAACGGUUGAGAGCGGCAGCUGGUCUAGAAACUACCACGUCACCAGACCACAAGAGAUUUGUGUUCCUGUAUUAGAAACGGACUCAAAGCACUUUUAACGUUUUGUAAAUUAUUUUUUAACAAGCCAUAACGUCAUAGAGGACAGUUUUAUUUACUCUUCAUUUGUAAUUGAAAGCACAAAGUUCAUGUGCAAUGAUACUUUGACACAAACUAUCAAAAACAG